AUGCUCCUUUCAUUCUGGGUACGCGCGCUGUUGCGCUCCUCUCUUGCGGCGGGAAACACCGUCGUUCUCAAGGGCUCUGAGCUCUCACCCAAGUGUUUCUGGGCUCUGGGCGACAUCUUCCGCCAGGCUGGUCUUCCUGCCGGAUGUCUAAACGUUAUCUUCCACCAGCCCUCCGACGCCCCGGCCGUCACCAAUGCGCUGAUCGCUCACAAGGCUGUGCGCAAGGUCAACUUUACCGGCAGUACACUGGUGGGCUCGAUUAUUGCCUCUACCGCCGGCAAACACAUCAAGCCUGUGCUGCUCGAGCUGGGCGGCAAGGCGUCGGCGAUUGUUUUUGAGGAUGCGGACUUGGACAAGGCUGCCAUGAAUUGCGCCAUUGGAUCCUUCAUGCACUCCGGUCAAAUCUGCAUGUCGACCGAGCGGAUUAUCGUGCAGCGCUCGAUCGCAGAGGAGUUCCGGCAAAAGUUUGUUGAGACAACUGAGAAGUUGUUCGGCAAGGAUGCGCCCGCGCUGUUCUUGGUCAACAGUGCGGCCGUCACCAAGAACAAGAAGCUUGUGGUGGACGCUGUAUCUCGCGGAGCUAAGCUGCUGUUUGGCGAUGCCGAUGCGAGCGAGUCCAUCAACACAGGCAUGCGGCCGAUCGUCGUCGAUGGCGUCACCAAGGAGAUGGACAUGUACGCGACCGAGUCGUUUGGCCCGACCGUGUCUUUCAUAGUGGUGGAUACCGAGGAUGAAGCAAUUGCACUGGCCAAUGACACCGAAUACGGCCUGACUGCGGCUCUGUACACCAACAACCUAUUCCGUGGGCUGCGGGUGGCCAAACAAAUUGACUCUGGUGCCGUGCACAUCAAUUCUAUGACGGUACACGACGAGACUGUCCUCCCUCACGGAGGAUGGAAGAGCAGCGGCUUUGGUCGCUUCGGAGGAAUUUCUGGAUACGACGAAUUCCUCCAGACUAAGACUGUUAGCUGGGAGGAGUAG